AUGUUUAGAAAUUUUAAAAACUUGGAAACGCUCAAGUUGGAAGGAAACGAUUUGAAAGAGGUUGACACCAUCACUCGGACACACUUCCCACAGUUGACGUCGUUGGGUCUUUCGAAAAACAACUUCACUUGUCGUUAUUUGGCGAAAUUUUUACUCCCAUGGCAGAAUUUGGAACUUUUCCACAAUCCGUCACCAAAUCAAACGCAUAUCGAUGGAGUUGGUUGUUUCAAUGAAAUGAGCUAUGUUAGUACUGAAACAACAAAAAUGCCUGAAACAACAACUGAACUCAUCAAGAGAUCAAACUCUACCAUGAAACAUUCAACCGAAAAGACAGAAAUUGAAGAUAAGCCAGUCACGCGUUUUGAUUGCGAUCUCUUUUCAUCGAAAAACCAAUCUGAAACAGAGCAAGUUUCCUGCGAUCACAUCGAAGAAAUUGACACGAGUUGCAUGGGUUAUGCAUUACAAAUCAACGUGAACAACGAUGAUGAAAUGGUCAUCCGAUUAUCGCAAAGUAAUUUCCAGUUGCGUUGCUCCAAAAAACAAUUUCAAAAACUAAAGUAUUUCAAUAUCUCUGGAAAUCAACUGCAAAAUGCGCCACAAAUUAUCGCAUUACUCGGAUCACCAAUCGAAACACUGGAUGUAUCAUCAAAUUUCAUUGGAGAAUUAAAAGUCCAUCUAUUUGAAAGAUUCACCAAUUUGAAAUAUUUGAAUUUGAGUCACACCAAUUUAUCAAAUUUUGGCUUCAGCACAUUUUACCAUCAACGUAACCUACUAGUACUUGAUCUUUCCUUUAACCAUUUGAAGAAGGUCGAUUUCAAUUUACUAAUGCGAAAUUUCAAGGAACUGAUAACACUCAAUCUGGAAGGAAAUGAUUUAAUUGAAGUAGACACAGUCAAUCGAAAAAUUUUCCCCAAACUAGGUUCUUUGGGUAUUUCAAAAAAUAAAUUUUCUUGCCAAUACUUGAGCAACUUUUUACUGCAAUGGGAUAAUUUACAUUUACUCUAUAAUCCAUCGAAUCAAACGAACAUUGAUGGAAUCGAUUGUCAGCAUGAUGAACAACUUACCAAAAAUAACAACGAAAUGACGCCGGAUAAGUCUGGAUUUCCAACAAGAUUUGAAUUUUUAACUGCGACCGAUUUGAAAUUUACGUAUUUAAAGACAUUGAAAGCAUAUUACAAUAAAUUAACCAAUAUUUCGGGAUCUAUUUUUGCUCACGCACCAAAUUUGGAAGAAAUUGACUUCUCCCGCAACGACAUCAAUGUACUGCAUCAAAAUGAUUUUAAAGGAGCAACUAAACUUUCGAAAAUUAAAUUCUCACAUAACAAUAUAUCAAUGUUAGAAGCAGCAUUAUUUGCUAAUAACCUUGAAUUAACUGAAAUAGAUUUUUCCAACAACAAUAUCAAUGUACUUCAUGAAAAUGAUUUUAAAGGAGCAACAAAACUGUCGAUAAUCAAUUUUCAGUAUAACAAUAUAUCAAUCUUGGAAUCAGGAAUAUUCGCCAAUACUACAGAUUUAACUGAAAUUUACCUAUCUGAAAACAAAAUAUCAAUUUUGGAUGUGGAAAUAUUUUCUAAAUUGAAUUAUGGAACGAGAUACUUCGAUAGCUUAACGUUUCUAAAUAUUUCAAACAAUCAACUCGAAAAUACCAUAGGCAUCAUAAGGUCAUUGAGUUCAAAGAUCGAAUCAUUGGAUAUUUCAUCGAAUUAUGUCGGAGCAUUGGAUGAGAAUAUCUUCAAAAUAUUCACCAAUUUGAAGUAUUUAAAUUUAAGAAACACCAGUCUCGUCACCAUUAUUUUCUAUGUAUUUCGUCCGCUAUUGUUUCCAGAAAAUGAGCACAAAUUAGAGACAGUUGUGUUGGACGAAAAUCCAAUCAAACAUUUGGAUGAAAAUUUAUUUCUGCUCGUUGUGAAUUCAGUGGAAUUACAUCUUUCAUGCGACCAUGUUGAAGCCAUUGAUACGAAUUGCCUAGCGAGUUCACUGAGCAUCGAUUUGAAUGAGAAUGAUGCCAUUUUUGGCGUAUCCGGCGACAAGUUAAAAUUAAAAUGUUCUAAGGAUACAUUUAAGCAAUUAAAAAGCUUCAAAACCUAGAAUAAUCAACUGAAAAAUGGAUCGGA